AAAAAUAUUUACUUAUUUUAGUAGUUAUGAAAAAAUUAAAUAUUUUGAACACACUUUCAAUUCUAGGACGCUACUACAAGAAAAAGCUAUUCGAAAUUUAUAGUUCAUAUCGCAAGGAAUAUGGCGAUACAUUCAUGGUGCCUGGCUUAUUUGGCAAACGCAAUGUAGUUUUCUCCUUUGAUCCCGAAAUCUAUGAGAAAAUUUAUCGUACCGAAGGAAUUUGGCCAAUUCGAAGAGAUCUUGAAGUAGUACAUCAUUACAGAAGAGUACUUAACCCACAUAUAUUUACAAAAGGUUCUGGGCUUAUAACUGAUCAAGGUGAAGCCUGGGCAUAUCUUCGCACAACCACCAAUCCUGUAAUGUUAAAUCCAAAAAUAAUAAAAUUCUAUAUUCCUAGAAUUGACAAUAUUGUACAGGAGUUUGUUGAAAAAAUCAAAUCAAUAAGAGAUCCGAAUACUUUUGAAGUUCCUGAUAAUUUUGCAAACAAUAUAAGCUACUGGGCAAUGGAAUCAACAUGUAUGAUAGCAUUAGAUACACAACUUGGUCUAAUUAAUCAUGCGGAAAAAAAUCCAGAAGCUAAAGAAGUCAUCGAUAUAUCACAGCAAUCUUUUGAGCUAAUAUGUGAACUAACUUUUGAGCCGUCACUUUGGAAAAUCAUUCCCACAACAAAAUAUAAGAAGUUUAUAGAAAAUUUUGACAAAGUUACAAAUCUUAUUGUCAAAUAUAUAGACGCUGCAAUAGAACGCCUCGAAAAUGAUCCCGAUUCGGAAAAACCCGGCUCGGAAAAGAGUGUCCUUGAGAGACUUUUGAAAAUCGAUAGGGAAGUUGCAAUUGCAUUGGCUAUAGAUUUUCUUUUUGCAGGAGUUGAAACUACUUCCUCUGCACUAACUGGAUGUCUUUUGGGUCUUUCUCAAAAUCCAAAAUCACAGGAUAUUCUGCGAUCAGAAAUUUUAAAAAUCCUCCCUCAAAAGGAUACUCAUUUGAAUGCUGACAAAAUGAAAAACCUACCAUACUUACGAGCAUGCAUCAAAGAAGCUUUACGAUGUUUUCCAGUAAUUAUUGGACACUUUCGAUCGACAGGAAGUAAUCUUGUUUUUAAUGGUUAUCGCAUUCCAAAGGAAACAGAUGUUUCAAUGCCAUCACAAAUGUUGCUGUGGGAUGAGAAAUUUUACCCACGACCGAAUGAAUUUAUACCCGAAAGAUGGUUGAGAGAUGUCGAAAAAGCUGCUGAAUGUCCUAGGGCAGCAAAUGUUAAUCCUUUUAUUUAUUUGCCUUUUGGAUUUGGUCCUAGAGCAUGUAUUGGUAGAAGAAUAUCUGAAUUGGAAUUGGAAAUUGCACUUUGUCGAUUGAUUCGAAAUUAUUAUGUAAAAUUUGAUUAUCCAGAGAAAAUAUCAUAUAAAACUACUGUUUUUAAUGCACCGGACUUUGAGCAGAAGUUUAAUUUUAAGGAUGUAGAGGUGUAGGAUAAGUUAAAAAAAUGAAAAAUUAAUAAAAUAUUUUAAAAUAUAUUAAAAAUAAAAUGCACG